AUGGAGGCCAACGAGGCCAACGGCAAAGGGGAUCUUCUUCCCACUCCUGAAGAGCAGAUUGAGGCUCUUGGUAUCGCCAACUGGCGCGAUCUCGAAAAGCAGGUCGUCAAGCGACUUGACAUGACUCUCAUGCCGUGCUUAUGGGUACUCUACUUAUUCAACUAUCUGGACCGAGCGUCCAUCGCACAAGCUCGUCUCAGUAGCCUGGACGAAGAUCUCAAUCUUGAAGGUUAUCAGUACGGAACUGCUGUUUCAAUCCUCAGUGUUGGAUAUGUCCUUGGUCAAAUUCCGUCCAACAUGAUUAUUGGAAAAGUUCGACCAAGUCUUUAUCUUUGCUUAAUGGCCUUGGUUUGGUCUAGCGUCUCGGCAGCAACGUGUGGCGUCAAGAAUUACCAAGGCCUCAUCGCCGUCAGAUUCUUCCUCGGCGUGGUUGAAGCACCGUUGUUCCCAGGGGCGAUCUACGUCAUGUCUUGUUGGUACACACGUAAGGAGAUGGCGUUACGUUGCGCACUGCUAUACACUGGCCAAACCCUGGCUUUCUGUACUGCCGGCCUCAUUGCAGCGGCCGUUUUUAGCACCUUGGAAGGUAAAUACGGCUUAGCAGGCUGGCAGUGGCUUUUCAUCGUCUUGGCGUCAACCGGCGCAGGACUUGCUAUGAUCGCCCUCUUUAUCCUCCCAGACUAUCCCGAUUCGACUACUGGCAGUGCUCGCUGGUCCAUGACGGAGGACAUGCGCAAGGUGGCUGCUGCUCGUAUUCUGGCCGAUCGUGUAUCAACUUCGGAAGCUCAAGCUGGUGUCUGGGCUGGGCUGAAGAUGAGCAUCUUCGACUACAAGAUGUGGUUGCUUGUCGGCAUGAAUAUCGGAAUCUCAGCUGCCUAUGGAUUCUCGAACUUCUUCCCAUCCAUUGUCCGGGGUUUUGGCUACAACAACACCAUCACUCUUGUCCUGACUGCGCCACCAUAUAUCUUUGCGGCUCUCGGUUCUCUCGUCAACGCAUGGCACUCUGAUCGGCAGAAGGAGCGCGGUUAUCAUUUCGCUGGCCCCAUUGCUUUCGGAUGCAUUGGCUACAUCAUCUGCCUGGCCACUGAGAGCAAGACAGCACGGUACGCUGCUUCUUUUGUAUAUGUUGGGGGCAUGUACUUUGCAAACCCCCUCAUUUCAACGUGGACAUCCAACACCAUGGGUAGGACACCGGAGAAGCGCGCCAUCUCUGUCGCACUUGUCAACGUGCUUGGCCAGAUUGGGAAUCUGAUUGCUCCCUACUUCUUCGUUGACUCAGAUGAACCACGCUAUCGGCUUGCCUUCAUUAUGAUGAUGGUCAUGGGCCUGAUUGCAUGCGCAAGUGCCAUGGGCCUGAAGUUCUACCUCUAUAAGGCAAAUCAGAGAUUGUACCGGGAGGCCGUUCGCAACGGCAGCGUGUAUAAUCCUUAUGUCAUGUAA